AUACUCAAUCCCUUAAAUAACUCUCUGUAUUAUCGACGACUCUGCACCAGUCAUGAAGUGGCGUCGGCGGUCAUCGGCCUACAGGGGGAGGUUCACCACGGCACUCCUGAAACUAUCGCUUCCCUAUCGCUACUCCAUAAGGUUCAUUCUCCAACACCAGCGCUCGUUAGCUGGUCGAGUGAAUUCUUUUGGGGCCAGUCGGCGGUCCUGCUUACUUGCGUGACGUUGUGGCCAGUGGACGCAUAGUUUUCACACAUCACUUUCAUGGGGUUUUUGAGUGAAAUUUUCCGGGUUUUCGCUUGAUACUGUUUAGGGCUACUUAAACAAGUCUAAACAGACAUCACUGCUAUGUUUGAGUGACCACUGAACUCUGCAAAAGUACUCGCCAAUUUAGUGAAAAUCUGUGCGUCAAAUCACAUCCGGACUAAAACAGUCUACGCUUCCUGAUGCCCGAUUCCACCACGGAUGUUCGGCGCGUUUGAGGGUCUUCCGAAGAUGACGAAGGACGCCAAGGCGCCGGCUGCGGACAGCCUCGGCCGGGGGUCGUGGCCUCGCAAGGCUGACAAUGUCAAGAUAGAGUUCGGAUUCGGAGUGCCUCUUGGAGCCAUGGCCGCGCAUCCCGCCUUCCACUCCGCCUGGGAUAUGGGAUGCAGUCCAUCUUCAAGUUUUCAUCAAAUGGCAAACAUGAUGGAUCGGAUGAUGGCUGAAAGAUUUCAGCCUUUUGGGUAUGCGCGGAUGACGGCCCGAAAAUGCAGUGAAGGAAAGAGUGAUGACAAGACCCCGAAGGAACCACCUCGGGAUGGUAUUAGACACAGCAGCAGGAAAGAUAAAGCUAGAAAUUCUCCAGGCACGCAUGUAAAUAAUGGCACAAGACAUUUACCGACACAAGUGGUUCGUCCUUCAGUAAACAUAUUCAGCAAAGACACACCGCCAGAUCCCAACAAACAAGCGCCUCAAGAUCCUACGACUGAGAAAUGGGCCGGCACACUGAGACGCAGAGACCCUGAGAUUCAGCCGACUCUACCCUCAAUAGUUACCAGAAAAACAUCUUCGAGCUCCAUUGGCAGUGGCAGAAACGGACGGUCGCUCGAAAGAAGGGCAAGAGCCAGGAAUUUAGUACCAAUCAAGCCAAUAAACGGGAAAUCUGAUGUUCCGAACGAAGGUGCCGAUGUCACUAUUUACGAAAAAGAUGAGAAAGUUUUCGACACAACAGGGUAUGAAAUGCACCUGGUAGAGACCUUGGAGAAGGAUAUUUUGCAAAAGAAUCCGAAUAUCCGGUGGAAAGAUGUCGUCGGUCUGGACGACGCUAAAUCAGUUUUACAAGAAGCAGUAGUUUUGCCACUAGUGAUGCCUGAUUAUUUUAAGGGUAUUAGACGUCCGUGGAAAGGUGUCUUGCUAACCGGUCCCCCUGGCACUGGCAAGACUUUGCUCGCUCGAGCGGUGGCCACGGAAUGUAAGACUACAUUCUUCAACGUGUCUUCAGCCACCCUUACUUCCAAGUAUCGAGGGGAUUCUGAAAAACUUGUGCGACUGCUAUUUGACAUGGCUCUAUUCUACGCGCCCAGCACGAUCUUCAUCGACGAGGUGGACUCGCUGUGCGCCGUGCGCGGGGCCGACUCGGAGCACGAGGCCUCCCGGCGGUUCAAGGCGGAACUGCUUAUACAGAUGGACGGGCUAGCAGCUGUUUUUAACCAAGAGAAGAUAAUAAUGGUGCUGGCGGCCACCAACCACCCGUGGGACAUUGACGAAGCGUUCCGGAGACGCUUCGAGAAGAGAAUUUACAUUGGACUACCUGAUGAGCCAACUCGAGUGAAGCUGCUGAAGACGAGUCUGCGCGACGUGGUGCUGGCUGAUGAUGUGCAGCUCGAGGAGCUGGCGCAGAAGCUCGACGGCUACAGCGGAUCCGAUAUUUGUAACCUUUGCAGAGACGCAGCGAUGAUGACGAUGCGUCACAAGAUCGCCGGGAAAACCCCCGACGAGAUCAGACGUCUGAAGCGCUCGGAGCUCGAGGCCCCAGUCUCCAAGGAGGACCUGGAAGCGGCGUCAGAGAAGACCCGGCGGACGGUGACGCAGGCCGAUGUGGCCAAGUACACCACCUGGAUGCAGAAACACGGGUGCUCCUAGCGCCGCGUCCAGGCGCUGAGGGCGCUCAUACGACGGAUCCGAAAUCAGUAGAAACAAGUGACUGUUGAAAGUAUUCUGUGAGGGGUCCAAAUGCUCGUGACUUUUGUGUGGGUUCAAGGCUAAAAGUUUCUGAGGACUUUUUGGGUAAGUAUAAUAUUAUGUUGAAUGAUGAAAAGAUUCAGUUCGAUAGAAAACGUGCACUGUCAAAUACCAAUCCAGUAUUUGAUAUGGUUGUACAAAUUCUUGUAGUAAAGUUACCGAGUAUAAGUAACGUAAGAUUUGUAAAUAGGUCUGUAAAAGUGAAAAGUUGUGUAGUUGGGCCCUACUAAUGCCCGACUGCUUUGAUUCAUUUUCCAGUUUUGAAGAAAACUGGCAAAAUGGCCUAGAGGCUAUCACUUUAUAACCAAAUUAUUAUUAGUGUAAGGAGUAGGGUUUUUUAAAGGCAAACGAAGAUAUUAAAAAUGCUUUAUUAUUUUUCCUUUUUUUUUAAAAAAGAACAACAAAUAUUUUAGUGUAACUAAUUAGUGGUGGACUUUGUUAUUUAGGUACUGUUUUUCUAUAAAGAUUUAAAGUAAUUAUGUAAAAACUCAAGUCUGUUGUAUUCAUAAAAAUUUGUUGAUAAUUUAUUCAAUAAAGGUCGUUCAUAAUUUGUAUUGGUAA